UCCAUAUCCAAUUUCAGCAUUUUCGCUCAGUGUCAGAACACGACUUUCUUUGUGGACGUUGUUUUCCGCGAAACGAAUUGAGUAUCAGGGAUGGACUUGUCAGACCCUGAGGAGCAGUUACUUCACUAUGCCAAGACAGGAAGCCUGUCUCUCAUCCACUGUCUUCUGCAGCUAAGAAUUGAACAAGGCCUUAGGAUCAACGUAAAUUGCAAAGGUAAGACCAAGGCCAGUGCAGGCUGGACACCUAUACAUCUGGCCAGCUACUUUGGACACAAAGAUGUUGUGGAGGAGUUACUUAAGGCUGGUGCUAAUGUCAAUUUGCAAGAUAACAUGGGGGACACGCCUCUACACAAAGCUGCCUCCACUGGAAGAAAGGAAGUGGUUCUAUUACUGUUGCGAUACAAUGCAAGCCCCACCAUCAUCAACGGGACAGCCCAGAUUCCUAAAGCGGUCACAGAGGAUGAUGAGGUCAUCACUAUGUUGGAGGCUGCUGAAAGAAGAGAGGAGAGGAGACAGGAGGAGAAGCUUCUGGAAGCUGCCAGAGAGGGAGAUGUCUUCAGCCUGUCUCAUCUGGUUAGAAUGAGCAAGAAGAAUCCCCCUGACAUCCAUUGUAGGGACCUGCAAGGAAACACGCCGUUACACUGUGCGGCCUACAGGGGGCAGAAGCAGUGUGUUGCAAAGCUGCUAAAGUGUGGAGCCAGCGUAAGCAUCAAGAACAAGUGUGAUCAGACAGUGUUGGACCUGGCCUGCAAUAAGGACAUUUUGCAGAUUUUAAGGGUCUGUAAUGAAAAGGAUACAACUAAUGGAGUACAGAAGUUUGAGGGCGUCCUAUGGAAGAGUUCCAGUUUCCUGGGCUGGCGUUCCCAUUGGGUGGUCAUUCAAGAUGGAACCCUGUCCUGGUACCCUACACAAGCUGAUGCGGUGGCAGAUGUCCAUAAGCAAGGCUCUAAGGCUCUGAUAAACGCUCACUGCAGGGUUAAAUCGUGGGACAAGUGUUUCUUCAGCCUCCAGUGCUUUGACCACAGUCUACAUCACUUCAAGGUGUCAUCCAAGACGGAGCCAGAGGCUAUGAGAAAAAAAUGGCUGGUUGCCCUGGGGGAGCAUGCGGCCUAUAGCAGCUGUCAGUCUACCCAGGAACAGACCGUUAAUGAUGAGGAGGAUGAUGAAUAUAGAUCACUGGCCAACCUCACGGACUCACUUCAGGUCGCUGAAGCAUGCCAAAGGAAAUUGGAUACUGAAGUGUCCAUUUUUCUAUCAAUGAUAAAGAACGAGGACAACACGGUGCCUGCUUCUCUCCUGUUGAAGGCCAGGGAGACCGGUGACCUCUCCAGGGAAACCUGCAGUGCUCUGGGACGCUGUCUCGCUCUGUUCUCCAAACAACAGGAGGUGUGGAGCCUGAAGUUGGAGCAAGAAGUGGAGAAGAACAAGCUACUAUCAGAGGCUGUCCAGGCAUUAACUACAAAGCACCAGGACCUAGACCAAAAGUCUGUCUUUAUUGGCCGGAGGUCCCCUACACUAAGCAUAAUAACACAGGAGGACUUCUAUGAUGCGCUGUCAGACUCAGAGGAUGACCGCUCUGUCUCUCUGAGUGGCUUUGUAUCCGUGUCUGGACACUCGUCUGAGGGGGAGGAAGAAGACGUAAACGAGGACGAGACGAAAGCGCCCCCUCCUUUGAGCUGCAGUCUCCGUCACCCCACCACCCCCGAGGGGCCCAUACCUGCCAGUGGAAUGUCUGGGCCUGGUAACCAUGGCGAUGAGAAGGCCUACUGCAACGGAGUCAAGAAGCACAGAACAUCUUUACCAGCGCCCAUGUUCUCCAGGAAUGAUGUCAGCAUCUGGAGUAUCCUGAAGAAAUGCAUCGGCAUGGAGCUGUCUAAGAUCGCCAUGCCAGUGAUUUUCAAUGAGCCCUUAAGUUUCCUUCAGCGGCUGACAGAGUACAUGGAGCACACAUACCUCAUCCACCAGGCAAACGCCACCCCAGACUCUGUGGAGAGAAUGAAGUGUGUGGCGGCGUUUGCCGUGUCUGCCGUCGCGUCACAGUGGGAGAGGACUGGGAAACCCUUUAACCCUCUCCUGGGAGAAACCUAUGAGCUCAUCAGAGAGGAUCUGGGCUUCAGAUGGAUAUCAGAGCAGGUGAGCCACCACCCCCCUGUCAGCGCUUUCCACGCCGAGGGCUUGCAGGAGGACUUCCUGUUCCAUGGCUCCAUCUACCCCAAACUCAAGUUCUGGGGCAAAAGCGUGGAGGCGGAGCCUAAAGGGGUCAUCACCCUGGAGCUGCCCAAAUACAGCGAAGCAUACACCUGGACAAACCCCACCUGCUGUGUCCACAACAUCAUCGUGGGCCAGCUGUGGAUUGAGCAGUACGGCACUGUGGAGGUGGUCAACCACAAGACCGGAGAGAGAUGCAGUCUAACAUUUAAACCAUGUGGCCUCUUUGGCAAAGAACUACACAAAGUGGAGGGCUAUAUUCUAGAUAAAAGCAAAAAGAAGCUCUGUGCCAUAUACGGUAAAUGGACGGAGUGUUUAUACACUGUGGAUGCAGCCACAUUUGACGCUCACAAGAAAGCUGACAAGAAGAACUCAGAGGAGAAGAAAAGUAACAAGCAGCCCAGUGUGGAUGAGGAACCAGAGGAGAUGCCCCUGCCGGACGGAGACACGGUCCAGGUCAUCCCAGGAAGUGAGCUCAUCUGGAGGAUAGCCCCCCGACCAGACAACUCGGCUAAGUUCUACGCCUUCUCUACAUUUGCUAUGCAGCUGAAUGAGCUGGAGGAGGGCAUGAAAGGGGUCCUGCCCAUCACAGACUGUCGACUCAGACCAGACAUCAAAGCCAUGGAGAAUGGAGACAUUGAUUUGGCAAGUGCAGAGAAGAAGAGAGUAGAGGAAAAACAAAGACUAGCCCGGAAAAAUCGGUCCAAAUCGACUGAAGAAUGGAAAACUAGGAACCCAGCCCUUGGCCCCAGGUGGUUCCACCAGGGCCCCAACCCCCACAACAAAGCUCAGGACUGGCUCUACUCCAGUGGCUACUGGGACCGGAACUAUACCCUGCUGCCUGAUAUAUACUAAAAUACAUGACACACAUGUACCCUCAACUCAACUCUCUCUCCACUUUUCUUUUUUUCCCAGUCUGAAAGCUCUGGCCGUGUUACUCUGACAUUGUCAUAGGAUUCCUUGAGGGAGUGAAGGUUAGUCCUGGUCCGCUCGUGCAGUCAGGAAAAAUGUGUUAUGGUGUAGAGACAUUCAGCGUUGUCACCGUAGACAGCGUGAAGUGAGAGUUAAGGCAUUAUCAAGACCAAAGCCUACUCUGGUCCUAUGGAUGGUAAGGCUGUAAACUGACUGACAGCCUAGGCAACAACCAUCCGGUAGUCCCCAAUUAUUACGUCUUGUUGUAGCCUGUUUCUCAGUCAAAGCAGACUGGUGAAGCCCUAAUCAGCCUGUAAUGCUAUGGUCAUGGACCACUGAACCUGCCUGUCAUUUUAAUGGGUGUGUUUUGAAUUGAGUGGAUUUAAUUUGUAUCUCUAGUAUCUAUCUCCAAAACACUUAUUGUUACAAUUGUCAAUGUGAAUGCGGUGCGCUUGGUGCUGUUACUUAUGAAUGUGUGCAGCUAAAGUAUUGUUCUGAUACAGUAUCAGCUUAAAACAAUAUUUAUCUUUUAGAGUGUUCAAUAGACUCGUUCUAACUUCCUGUAGUCCUUGCAAUAGGCUAACAAAUGUAGCUGUUAGUGUCACACACUGAUCACAGCUGCUUGAAAUAAACAACAACUAUGACUGGGGACAUAUUAAAUGUAUAAUUUAUUGGAUAGAGCUCUUAUAAUCUUCUGAGCUGUUAUACAAUGUAGUACCUGAUAAAUUUACAAUACUGUGCUAUAUAUGGACAUUAAUAGCUGUUCUGUACUGUAUGUAGAAUGCUGGUUCUUGCUAUAGCACUUGAGUUUGACCUCUGCUGUAUAUGAAGUUCUACAUCUGUGUGGAAAGUUUCUUCACAAUUAAAACAUUCAGGAUGUUCUAAGAAGUGCAUAGAUCUGUUUGAACUCUUUACACACUGAAUGCACUUACAUUACAUGCACCACUUUGACUAUGCAAGCAUCAGCUGCAUUAAACCCAUACAGUAUCCCGUGUUCCAAACAGCACCCUUUUCACUAUAUCAAGCACUACUUUUGAACAGCAUUCUAUGGGCCCUGGUCAAAGUAGGUUACAACAGUGCAUAGGAAAUUUGGUGGAAUUUGGCACACAGGCAUUUUGCAGCUCACUCAUUCACUACAUAAUAUUCCUCUCCUUGACUGAGAUAACUUCUUUAAAGCAAAUUGGUAGGAUUGUUCAGUAGACUGGCCCUUGUGCUUAGUGUGAAUGCAUGGUUUCCUCUUGUGCCUACUCUCUACUCUGUAGCAUAUUACAGCGAAAAGAACAUUUAUAUUGUUACUAAAUAAAAGCUUAAUGGUGUCUGAAA